AUGACAACUCAGAAACAACACCAACAACAACACCACCUACAACUGGGACAAGAGAAAAAUAAAGCAUUGACAUUGAUAAUAUGUGUUUGUGGAUUAUAUGGGACGUUUUUAACAUGGUCAAUUUUACAAGAACGUAUAAAUACAAAACCAUAUGGUGAUAAUAAUGAAUAUUUCAAGGCACCAAUAAUUAUAAAUUUAAUUCAAGCAUUAUUUGCAUCAAUAAUUGGAUUCAUAUAUAAUUAUGUCACCACCACCACCACUUCCACAAAAACCACAACCAAAACCAAAACCAAAACCAAUAGUAAUCCAUUUUCGAUAUUUUUCACUAAUGGGAAACAAAAUUGUAAUGUUUUAAAAUUUAUGAUUUUAAUUUCAAUUACUUCAAGUAUUGCAUCACCAAUUGGGUAUAAAUCAUUAAAACAUUUAGAUUAUUUAGCUUAUUUAUUAGCUAAAUCAUGUAAAUUAAUCCCCGUAAUGAUUGUUCAUUUUAUAUUUUAUCAAACCAAAUUCCCCAAUUAUAAAUAUUUAGUAGCUGGAUUAGUCACAUUAGGAGUUAUUUUAUUCACCAUGGCUCAUGUCACUACUAAAACCAAAAUAAAUGAUGGUAAUACCUUAUUAGGAUUGACAUAUUUAAUUGGAUCAAUGAUAUUAGAUGGAUUAACUAAUUCAACUCAAGAUCAAUUAUUCAAAUUACCUUUAGAAAAUAAAUUAACUAGUGGGAAAUUAAUGUCAUUAUUAAAUUUAUUCAUAUUUAUUUGGACAAGUUUAUAUACUAUUAUUUUCCAUAAAUAUGAAAUUGAUUAUACCAUUAAUUUCAUUAAUAAUUAUCCAGAAUUAUUGAUUGAUAUUAUAGGAUUUGCUAUUUGUGGUGCAAUUGGUCAAGUAUUUAUAUUUAUUAUUCUUGAAAAAUUCGAUUCAAUCAUUUUAAUAACUGCUACUGUAACCAGGAAAAUGUUAAGUAUGAUACUUAGUGUGAUUUUAUUUGGUCAUCAUUUGAGUUGGGAACAAUGGGUUGGUGUUGGGUUAGUAUUUGGUGGUAUUGGUUUAGAAGCUUUUAUUAAAUUUAAACAACAAAGUCAACAGAAGAUGAAGAUUAAAUCAAAAGUAGCAUAG